AGUAUCAUUCAUCAGUGAGUUGGAGUGAGUGAGGUAAAAAUGUAUUCUAAAUUGGUUUUCGUGUGUUUGGCGGUGGCUAGCGUGAGGGCUGCGCCGGCGGCGACUGAUGUGGUGCCGCUGGAGAAGCAGCAGCCUACAGUUAUUCCCAUAGUGUCACAAUCGGAAGAGUUAGAAAAUAAUGGAACGUACAAAUUCAGCUAUGAAACUGGCAACGGGAUCAAGCGUGAAGAAACGUCCUACGACAAAGUGGUCCCGAAGGUACAGGGGCGGUCAGCGGCGGGAGACAGCAACGAGGGCGGCGAGAGUGAAGAGAGCAACGAGGUGCAUGUGCAGCAGGGGUCCUACUCCUACACCGCGCCUGAUGGCACCGUCAUCAGUGUCAGGUACAUUGCCGAUGAAAACGGCUUCAGACCAGUUGGUGACCACAUUCCUCCAUCAAUCGUAGCCGCGGCCGCAGCAGCUGGUUCUUCAGCUGAGAAACAGAAUGCAGCUGACAGUGCAAACUCCGCAUCAGAGCCUAAGCCUGCAUCGGUACCUGCACCUCAGACUGCUACACCGUCUAAACCAGCUCCUGAACCUAAGAGUGGAAAGAUGGAAGCAGGCCCUGCAUCUGCUCCAGUAGAAGCUUCAACCACUGAAGCUGCUAAAACAACAGAAAGCGAAGCAUCUUCUGAAAAUACAAGCGAAUCAUCACCUAGCACAACUGAGUCAAGCACUACCAGUGCCAGUAGCCAAGCCACAGAUGCAAGUGAGGCAAGCACGCCAGCUGAAGCCACAACUAAAUCUGCUGAUGCCACCACCCCAGCUACAUCAGAAGAGCCAUCUUCCACUAGCGCUGAUGCGUCGACGACUGAAGCUGCCUCUACCACUGCUCCCUAAGCCUAUCUUCUUAAGUGCAUUUUCAAUACUAAACGGCAUGCUUCCAAUCGAUACCGAAAUCUGAUAUUGAACUGUGCCUACAGUAUAUAUCAUGACAUUAGCAAACACUGUCGUCAUUUAAUUUUACUUGAACGUACAUAUUACGUGUCUGUAAUGUUUCUAAGGAUUACCAAAAAAUGUAUUUAGAUAUAGAUACUCUUUCCUACUCUGUCCAAUUUGUUUUGGCUAGUUACCUAAAACUUAAUGUUUAAAUAAGUCGUAAACAAACUUUCAUACUAGUAUACACCUUCUAGAAACAGAAAAUUAUUUUAAGGUAUUAUUAUUUAAUAUUUAAUUUGUAAAUACAUAAUUUUAUUGUA